CACUACCGCACCUGCGCAGCCAUCUUGAGCCGCUAGCGAGCAACGGACACAGAAAGGCAAAAAGAACAGGAGUAAAAUACAGCAGCCUAACCUGAGGAACCAGGGAUAUGUCCGCUAGAAUUAAGGACAUAUGAAACAGUAAAGGUCGAAUACAGGGGAGCGACCACGGGACAAUAACGGAGACGGUAACACAGUCAUUUAGCUAAGUGCCUCGGACAACCGGACCUACAAGUCAUCUUUUUCGCCGGAGUAGGAAGGAAGAGUCGACAGAAACACACAUCCAGAUUGAAACCAUGAAUCCCGAAUAUGACUACCUGUUCAAGCUGCUGCUCAUCGGAGACUCUGGAGUAGGGAAGUCCUGUCUCUUGCUCCGCUUCGCCGACGACACCUACACAGAGAGCUACAUCAGCACCAUCGGAGUGGACUUUAAGAUCCGCACCAUCGAGCUGGACGGCAAGACCAUCAAACUGCAGAUUUGGGACACUGCCGGUCAGGAGAGGUUUCGCACCAUCACCUCCAGUUACUACCGCGGAGCCCACGGCAUCAUAGUUGUAUAUGAUGUGACAGAUCAGGAGUCCUAUAACAACGUCAAGCAGUGGCUCCAGGAAAUCGACCGCUACGCCAGUGAAAAUGUCAACAAGCUGCUGGUGGGCAACAAGUGUGACCUGACCACGAAGAAAGUAGUGGACUACACAACAGCCAAGGAGUUCGCCGACUCCUUGGCCAUCCCCUUCCUGGAGACGAGCGCCAAGAACGCCACCAACGUGGAGCAGGCCUUCAUGACCAUGGCCGCGGAGAUCAAGAAGCGCAUGGGACCCGGGGCCACGGCCGGCGGAGACAAGCCCAACCUGAAGAUCGAGAGCACCCCCGUCCGGCAGUCCGGAGGGGGCUGCUGUUAAGAGACCCCCCUUGCCCCCCCACCACCACCGCCACUACCACCCCUGACCACCACCCUCCACUGAAUUCUCCAUUUCUGUGUUCCGCCCAUAACCUCACACCACCGCUCUGCCAGAAAAACACCCUGUUACCAGACUCCCCGACUCCCCCGUCCAUCAGGAGACCCAGAGACUGUUGGCUCCAACAGAGGACAGAUUAAACAUGUCGGGCACCCAUCAAACAACCGAGAGGGGAACGCUGUGAGGGAGCGACAGACGCCGGGGCCACGCCCACGUUCUGCCAAGAGGGCAGGAAGAAAACGGAUGGGGGGGGGUAUUGAUUUAGGUUGGAAUGGAGCCAGUGGAAGAUUAGGUUUCAAUUGAGCUUCUCUCUAUACACACACCCACACAACAAACAACACACACACACACACACACACACUCACUCACUAGUGGGGAGGCACAUGUUAAAAGAGAUUCAAGCCUUUUGGCCAAAGUCUGUCUUUGCUGAUCUCAUUUUAGGUCCAAACUUGGAAUCAUUUACCUGCGCGCACAAACACACACAUUUUGCAGUGUGCCGGAGUCACACGCUCUAGGAAGUGUUGCUGCAUCAUCGCUAUUUAUUGACAAAGAUCUGGGGAAGGCCUUUCGGCACAGCUGUGUUCAGAGGGGAAAUUCUCGCUUUACGUCAUUGGGGUGAAUUCGAGCCCCGUGCCUGUUCACUGCGUCCGACACACCUUUCUGAGCUUCUGUUCACGACUAGUUGGCAUCGUUGGCUAAGUGCUAACCAGUCUGCGAGCCAGCUAGACGGAAGGAACACACUUUGCUCAAGAGACCAGUUUGUACCAUCUGGUCUGCAAGCGGUGUCUCUUGUGGGGAACGUUCCCAGAGAAGUAUGUGUAGCCAGUGUUUGACUCUUCGGCUCUCUUUGAACCCCAAAGUCAGAACUGCUGGGAUGGUUUCACGGGCUCAACGUCAGAAAUUCACAAAAAAGCUUUGGGCAGAUUUACUGAAAUGUUUUUUGCAUUUGUUGUGAAUGCGCUGUGAUUCCCCCCCCUUUGGUUUGGACCUGUAAUGACAUCGCACACAGGAGCAAAGACAGACUGUUGUUGAUUCCACAUAUAGAGCUGGGUUGGAGAAUACAUGGUGUUAGUGUUUCUGUUUUCUAGUCUCCAUUUCAGCCACAAAAGAAGGCAACGUGAGAAAAUGCUGUAACAUUUAACACGGCCACUUCCUGGAAUGACACUAAAUAUUCCUGUGUGUGUUUUGAGGGGGCACUCUCAGUUUAACUCAAAGAGAAACGAUUGGCAAAAUUCUGCAUUGAUCUUACAAUGACUUUUAUUAUUGGUUUUAUUAUUUAGUUUUUUGUCAUUGAUACUCCUGAUGCAACUUUUCCAAUAACCCAAAGCGCUCCUGUUCCGUAUGUGACAGAGGAGGAUUAAGGGCGUCAUUUCAUUCUUGCUUGUUUGCAGAUGAAGCCGAGGGGGAGAUGGGGUGUGUCUGUUGGCUGAGCAUGGGGGGCAUGUGCAGGGGCUCCUGUUGGUCCAUCACCAUCGGCGUCGGAUGCUUUAUGGUUUUGUUUGUUCUUGUGAUUCUUCUUCUUUGUUUGAGUCCUUCACACAAAUGACUGUCCAAAGCUUUUCCAGGCACUGUUGGGGGAUUCCACGAGCACGCCGGCCCCCAUGUGCACACGGGGAGACUCCCUCUAGACACAUCUUCAAAAAGAAGUUUUCAGUGUAGUUAAUCAUAACUCGAGGUCCGCUUACCGUCUUUUCACCGUGCUCGUCGGCAGGAUGAUGUUACUUCACCUGAGAGGAGCGAACUGGAGCCAGCCGUUGUUGUACGAGACAUUCAUGUGAACUGUUUGGAUCAGACACGGGGCUGCGUGGUCGGCGUGGCGACGAUGAGAAUGGGCUUGUUGUUUACGUGCAUGGAGCGCUGAAGCUCAUAGCUGUGUUGGGUCUCAGCCGGAUCUCCUGGGAAACCGGGAGGAAUGUGAGUAGGAGAACGUCCCCCUGCCCGUACAAAGGGGCCUCCACACCCAAAACGGUUCGGUUGGGCCUCAAGUCGCAACUUUAGUUUUUUACAAAGACCUGGAACAGAUCGUUAAAGGAUCAACAUGCUGUACUAGAGUAGCGUCUGGGCAUUGUGAGAACUCAUCCUCCAUCACGCUGAGCAGAAGCUGUUCCGUAGUUUCAUCACUUCAGUGGGGAGGGGGCAUUCCGGAGGUCCAGGGACUGACUGGUCUUGGUUUGCUGACUGGAUAUGAACUCCCACCUCUCACCCCCCACCUCUCCAGCAAACCACUGCUACGCGAGUGCCGCCCCUUGCUCGGGCUUUGGUUCUCUGCAAGAAAAAGCCUGGGACACCAACACAGUUCCCCUGAGACCUGAAUACAGGUGUGUGUGUGUGCGUGUGUGUGCGCGUGUGUGUCUGUCAGUCAGUCAUUCCUGAGCUCUUUGGACACAUGUUGGCAUCACACCAGUCUCUCUAGAGUAAAUGCAAAACAAGCAAUCAUUUGCCUAUAUUAUAUAUAUAUAUAUAUAUAUAUAUAUAUAUAUAUAU